AAAGAAGCCGCUCACUUUUUUUUCUUCUCGCUCGCUUCUUGAUGGCCAUUUGAAAACUUGACAGGUAUUGUGAAAGGCUUUCGCUGAAGGGUUUUCCUCCGUGCGUGAUGCUCGAAAGCAGAAAUAUGCUUUUCACCUUUGCUGGUAACGGACAUUUUUUAGUACGUCAUUAAUAUGGCGCCAAAAGAGUUAUAAGUGUUGCUUAUGUAGAGAAAAUCUAGCCAAUUAGCCCGAGAUAUCCCUCAACUCUUCCUGUCCGGUGUACGCAGAGGGAAAAUCACCUUUGGACAAACACAUGUAAAACGCCUCAUUUGGAACUGGAUUUAGACGCUCGUCGCAAUUCAAAAUGGUUUUGGAAAUUCAAACCGAUGUGUCGUCACGACAGUCGUUCAGUUAGAGCGCUUCAUUUUGCAGGAUCGUGAGGAAAAUACUUGACUUUUUUGGAUGACGAACCGAUAACCGUUGUCACAAGUGUGGAAACAACAAUUUAAGGAAGUCUGCAGAGGACUGCGUAGGACGCCAUCGUUCUUCAGGAAGUUUAAUUCAGGCUGCGGAGGGGAAAUCAUCCGCCGUGCUGUGCUGCUGUCACAUGCAUACAGUGAGAUGAAGUGAAGUACAUGUGUUUGGCCUCAAAUGAGCUCCUGAUUUCGGUCCAUCGGUGUGCACCGAGGACAUCACGCCCUCUUGAGCAAACCGAAAAUAAGAUGGAGACUGAGUUGAAGAGGAGAAAAAACUCCACCAGCAGCAAUGACUCUGAUACCACUGACGGUCGUGUGACAACCUGGUCAUGGUCAUCAAAGAACAUGGGGACCAAAAGCACAUGGAUUCACCAUGAACAGAAUAAACCGUCAGAGGUGUUUCGGACAGACUUUAUAACAGCCAUGAAGUUGCCCGAGUCAACACAGUUGAGUCCUGAAGAGUUUUAUAUCCUGUCAGACCCAUGGAGGCUGGAGUGGGAGAAGGGUGUUCAAGUCCCAGCUAAUGUGGAAGCCAUUCCUGAGCCUGUGGUCAGAAUGCUUCCAGAGGCAAGUGGGAUCCCAUUCUUCUCACCCACAUAUAACAGAGGACAGGCAGUAUUUGGGUUUGGAGAGUCACGUGGGCUCACUGAACAAAUGAAUCGAUAUGAUCUGGAUGAUUUGGACGUGUCCUGGCUUGAACAGGUUAAUGCUGAAUUCAGACAACUAGCACUGCCGGAGCUGGAUGAGUUGAGUAUGGAGCAGGCGCUGCUGGAGCUGGAGAGCAGGUGUGAGCAGAACAUGCAGCGAGCCAUUGAGACGGAAAAGGGGCUCGGAAUAGAGUAUGACGAGGACGUGGUGUGUGACGUGUGCCACUCACCCGAGGGCGAGGAUGGCAACGAGAUGGUGUUCUGUGACAAGUGCAACAUAUGUGUGCACCAGGCGUGCUAUGGCAUCUUGAAGGUGCCGCUGGGUAACUGGCUGUGCCGCACGUGUGCCCUCGGAUUGCAGCCCAAAUGUUUGCUGUGUCCCAAGAGAGGAGGAGCUCUGAAGUCUACUCGCAGUGGAACAAAGUGGGUCCACGUCAGCUGUGCCUUAUGGAUUCCAGAGGUGAGUAUUGGCUGCCCUGAGAAGAUGGAGCCCAUUACAAAAGUAUCUCAAAUCCCAGCUAGCCGAUGGGCCCUGUCCUGCAGUCUGUGCAGCGAACAAACUGGCACAUGCAUACAGUGCUCCAUGCCAUCCUGCAUCGUCGCCUUCCACGUUACCUGUGCGUUUGAGCGUGGACUAGAGAUGCGCACUACUCUGGCAGAGAAUGAUGAAGUGCGCUUCAAAUCAUACUGUCUGGAGCAUAGUAGUGUUUCUCACUCCAGCAGCUGUGGCGGGACUGUAGAUGGAGUCGAAUCCCGUCACGCAAGGGCCAAUCCGUCCGAGACAGAGCUGCAGAAGAGCUGUGAGCGCAAGCAGAAGCUACAGGAGCUUCAAGAUGACUUCUACACAUUAGUGGACCCCAAGGAUGUGGCCGAGAGUCUUUGUCUUCCCGAUGCGCACCUGGACUUCCUCUAUCAAUACUGGAAACUGCGGCGGAAGGCCAACUUCAACCAGCCACUGGUGACCCCGAAAAGAGAUGAGGUGGACAAUCUGGCCCAACAGGAGCAGGACAUCUUGUAUCGCCGACUUAAGCUCUUCACUCAUUUACGACAGGAUCUAGAGCGGGUCAGGAACUUGUGCUACAUGGUGACACGGCGAGAGAAAAUCAAACACUCCCUAUGCAACCUGCAGGAGAAGAUAUUUAACCUGCAGAUCCAACUCUUAGAGGAAGACCUGAAUGGAGAAAGAAUUCUGAGAGGUGAAAGAGGUCAUCGUAAUGGGGUCAGAGAGCGUGGGAAAGAGCGGAGGAAAAGAAGUCCAGACAAGAAAGACACCAACUCUCUCUUCAGACAGCUCGGUUUUUCCAAAUCAUUCCCUUUGGAAGGUUCACUGUUUGACAGCUGGCUGGCUCAGUCUGUCCACAUCAGUGCUGACAACAUGUUAAGCCGCUGGUCAGGAGAGACCAGGUCAGACCAGCUGCUGCAACGUGAGGAGAACCUGCUCAGCCUCAUGAUGGACCACUCCAUCAAAUCCACCUGGAAGACACCACAGUUAGGCCGCAGGACAAGGGGCCGCAGGAAGACCGGCUCGCUUCCACGGACCAGAUCCACCGUUACAGGCAAGAUUUCAGCCGGGGGCCGGCAAGGAGAGCGAUCGCGUCACCGUUGCGCAUGCAGCGGCGAGGGCAAACAUGACCCUCUGCAGCCUCCCUGCUCCAAAAUGGACUCUUGUCACAUUUCUGAGGAUUGCAGCUCUUGUGAUGCUGCUGUGAGCACUGGGACCACUUCCUCACGCCCUGACACAGAUGUUGGCAAGAGCCGAGACAGGGCAAGUCACGCUUUAAAAGUCACAUGACAGUGGUCUCGCCACAGAAUGGUGCUGGGAACAACUUGUCAGUACAGGAAACUGAAACGGACAUAUUUCUCCGACGUAGAACACAGUGACCCAGAUUUGCGCUCCAACAGCCGAAAAUUUAGCUUGCCCCAACUGCAUGCAGGGAAUGAGGAAGUAGUGUGGCAAAGCAUACUCGCCUCCUAAAACCAUCAAAUC